AUGUAUGCUCGUUACAUUCCACCACCCAAGGCAUCGUCCAAACCAAAGCCACAGGCCCCAUCUCCCCCUCCAGAGACCGCAUCGCCCGCCUCGUCGGCGAUCCCAUAUUCCAGAUAUGUUCCUCCACCACGAACACAGCCGAGCACAACCGCUACAUCUGCCCCGACGGUCGAAAGGUCCAUUCCCACUUCCAGAACACACUUGAAUGCUGCAGCCAUCCCUCCUCCAGAAACUCUUCCACCUAAGAUAGUGUUCAACUACGACGACGACGAACCGUCGCCUUCCAAGAAGCGGAAGAUUGACAGCCCAGAGCCAGUACCUGAAACGCUCCCUGAUCCACAGGAGAAGAAGCCAAAAAAAGAAAAGAAGGACAAGAAGAAGCAUAAGGACACAAAGCUAGCGGACGGAGAGGAAGACGUGGAUGAGAUGCCCGACAAGAAGGAGAAGAAAAAGAAGCAGCGCAACGAGCAACCCUUUUCAUUUGGGUUUGACGACAACGCUGCUGCUCCAAAUGAUGACCACGAUGAGCUUUCCGCGAGCGUGGAAGAUCAAGGUGCGAAGGCAAAGGACAAGAAGAAGAAGAAGCACAAGCACAAGGCCGAGGUCGACGACAAUGCACCGCAGACGAAUACUGCGGACAACAGAACCGAGGUUACAGACAGCAAAAAGAAGAUGAUGAAGAGAGGCGACGAUGAAGUAGCUGCAGGGCACAAGGCUGUCCUCGAAAGGGCCUCCAAAGAGCUCAAGAAGGCCGCCGAGCAGCCCAAAACAGAAGACCUCUCAGAUGACGAAGGUGUGGAAGCAGUUGAGGCGCAUGGUCUCGAGCCCCUACCCCAACCAAAGCCAGUGAAGCAAGAUGCAAUCAAACCGAGCUACGAGACGCUGCCGCCUUGGAUAGCCAAUCCUAUACAAGUAGCGCCUACUGCCACAACGCCAUUUACGGAUCUGGGGAUUGCCGAGGAUGCUGCUACAAGGCUCGAGGCAAAAGGUUUUAAGGAGGCCUUUGCAGUCCAGACCGCAGUCAUACCACUCCUUCUGCCGUCGGCCGACCGCCAGGGUGACGUGGUGGUGUCAGCUGCUACUGGUUCUGGAAAGACUUUGGCCUACGCUCUCCCCAUGGUGCGGGAUAUCAGCCUAACCAGCAACAUCACUCGAAUUCGGGGCCUGAUUGUUGUGCCAACCCGUGAGUUGGUCAUGCAGGCUGAGGAGUCGGCAUCCAUGGGCAACAAGCAGUUCGAACAGGAACAGGCUGACCUGGUUGAGGAGGAUCAGAGGUACGAUCCUGAAGGCUACCAAAAGUACCUAGACCGAAAGUUCAACGAGAACUCUUGGCUCGAAGACCUGACCAACCCACGCGGCCCACCAACCGAUCCUCUUCCGGGUCAUGUUAUUGACUACGCCUCCAAGGUCGACAUACUCAUCUGCACUCCGGGCCGUCUGGUCGAUCACAUCAAGCGCACACCGGGCUUCACGCUCGACUACGUGCGUUGGCUCGUCGUCGAUGAGGCCGAUAAGCUUCUAGCGCAGACAUAUCAGGACUGGGUUCCCACCGUGAUGCCCCUUCUCAGCACCACAAAUAGGCCCGGGGCAAGGGAAUUCGCCGACUCAAACAAGAGCGGUGUUCGCAAGGUGGUGCUCAGUGCGACCAUGACCAAAGAUCUGACGCUGCUCAAUGGGCUGAAACUGUAUCGGCCGAAGCUCGUUGUGCUAAGCGACACCAUCGCUCACAGUGAGGUUGAGCAUGUCUUGCCUUCGCAACUCGUGGAAAGUGCUGUCAAGACUCGGAAUGUCGACCUGAAGCCGCUGUACCUGGUCGAUCUGCUCAACAGCGAGCACAUGGCUCCUGUGAGCGCCAGUGAGGCCGAUGACGUGGAAAUGAAGGAUGCUGGGGCAGAAGACACGUCUGCCCCCGAGUCCCAAUCGGGCGCCUCAGACUCAGACUCGGACUCAGAUUCCAGGAGCAGCGAUGAAUCCGACAGCGACUCAGAAGAAUCUGAUGCCGACUCCACCGCCUCUCCCUCCCACGGACGCGCCACGUCUUCCAAGCCCCCUCCUAAGCCCUUCAACACCACAGUCCUAAUCUUCGCCAACUCCAACGAAGCAGCAGUGCGUCUCGCCCGCCUGUUGUCCCUCCUCUCCCCCCACCUCUCCCCGCUCAUCGGCACCCUCACCUCGACGACCCGCACUUCGGAGCGCAGGAAGACCCUCCACGCCUUCGCGGCCCGCAAGCUCCGCAUCCUCGUCGCGUCGAGCCUCAUCGAGCGAGGCAUCCACCUCAACAAUCUGGACCACGUCAUCAGCUACGACAUGCCAAAGUCGGUGCAGUCGUACGUCCACCGCGUGGGGCGUACGGCCCGCGCGGGCAGGAAGGGCCACGCGUGGACGCUGUUCACGAAGCCCGAGGCCGGUUGGUUCUGGACGGCCAUCGCCGGUAAGGGUCAGAGCAAGACUGGCACCGCGCAGGGUGAGAUUCGCAGGAGCAAGGGGGUUGGGGUUGGUGAGGUUAGAAUUAGUGAUCGGUGGGCCGAGGACCGGUUGGAGGAGUUUAACGCUGCGCUGGAGAACAUGAGUGAGCUGCGUCGGUCGUCCAAGAAGAAGGGGAAGGAUAGCUGA